AUGACGGAUGUGAUGUUAUUUUUACAUUUAAUAGAAUGUAAACUUAUACCAGAUUCUACUCUUGAUCUAAAUGAAAUUGUCUAUCAUAAUGAACCAUCAAAAAUCUAUCUUGGUUCUCCAUCCAUUGUUCGUUUAUCAACAGGACGCUUAGUUGCUAGUCAUGAUUUUUUUGGUCCUGGAUAUGAAUCUCAACCAAGAAAUGUUUCAGUAUAUAUUAGUGAUGAUAAUGGUGAAACAUGGUCAUUUAUUUCAUAUAUAAAACAUAGUUAUUGGACAACUUUAGCAGUUUAUAAUGAUAUGAUCUAUGCAAUAGGUACUGAUAAUGAUUUAAAUGCUAAUAUGAUCAUUCAUCGUAGUAGUGAUAAUGCUGCAUCAUGGAAUUAUAAUGGAAAUGAUGAUGGUAUUAUUUUAUUUGAUGGAUCAUUUGCAACAGGGCCAACACCAAUUGUUAUUGCUAAUCAAAUGAUGUAUCGUACUAUUGAAUAUUGGCCAUUGCCAUCUCGUUGGCCAACGGAUUUUCAAGCAGCAAUUAUUAGUUGUGAUUUAUCUAAAUCAAAUUUCUCAAUUACAGAUGAUCCUAUUAUGUCUCCGAAUAAUUGGCAUAUAACUCCACCACUUAUUUUCAAUAAUGAAUGGAUACCAAAAUCAUUUCCAAAUAUAACUAAUCGUGGAUAUUUAGAAGGAAAUAUUGUUGUAGUACCUAAAUCAUCAUCAUCAAAAGAAUUACGCAUAUUAAAUAUUAUAAGAUUUAAUUCUAUACCAUUAUCAAAUUUAGCUAUUAUAUUAGAAUUAAAUCAUACAACAAAUACACUCUUAUUUAUUUCAAUUAUAAAAUUUCCUGGUGGUAUGACGAAAUUUACUAUUCGAUAUGAUCCUAUAACUGAAACAUAUUUUUCAUUAGUUAAUCCUGUAACAGAAAAUUCCUAUCCAAGUCAACGUAAUAUAUUAAGUUUAUCAUAUUCGAAAGAUUUAAAUAAUUGGACUAUUGCUAUGGAUCAUCUUUUAUAUGAUGAUACAGGUUUUACAAUGAAUGAUAGUCUUCGUUAUACUGGUUUUCAAUAUGUUGAUUGGCAAUUUGAUAGUUCAUCUUCGUCAUUAUCGAAUAUGAAAUCAAGUUGUAUUGAAUGGAAUUGUGAUGGUGGUCCACAUAUUAUUUAUUCAAUUCGUACAUCCUAUCGUGGUGCAAAUUCUUAUCAUAAUUCAAAUCGUAUUACGUACAAAAAAUUAUUAAAUUAUCGUGAUUUGAUUACAUAG